AUGGGUAAAACCCGCACCUUCGUCGCGAUCGAAGCCGAUGACGCCCUCCGCCGCCGCGCCAGUGGGCUGAUUGGCCGACUCCGCCCGCACCUCGGCGGCGCCCGCUGGGUGAGCGAGGAGAAUCUUCAUCUAACCCUCAUGUUUCUCGGCGAGCUGUCGGACACCGAGAUCACCGAGGUCUGCAGCCGGACCGAGUGGGUCGCCCGAGCGAACGGGCCCUUCUCGCUCCGCGUUGCGGGUGUUGGCGCCUUCCCCGACGCCCAGCGCCCGCGAGCGGUCUGGCUGGGAGCUCGGGAGGGCGGAGAGGCCGUUUGCCGGCUGCAAGCGGACCUGGACGACGCCCUGAGUGACUUGGCGCAGCGGGGUGAGAAUAGGGGGUUUGUCCCCCACUGGACGCUGGCCCGCCUGCCGCGCGGCGCGGGUGGCGGUUCUCCGCAUCUGGUGAGCGUCCUGGAGGGCCUUGCCGAUUACGACGCCGGCGAGUUGGCGGUGGACCAAGUCGUUGUCUAUUCCAGCGAACUCUACCGGGGUGGUCCGGAGUACUACCCCCUGGCGACGUGUCCGCUGGGGAUGGAAGGAGGGGCCCGGUCGCCGCCGGGCCGAAGCCCGAUGGUCGCCACCGCCACGCUUAACGGUUCCGCUGCCAAGACUACCGACAGCGCCGCCGCCACCAAGAACGCCCCCGCUUCGAAGAACACCUCGAUGGCUAAAAAAUCCGCCGCUAAGAAGGGCAAUUCCAAAGAGAAAGGCCCGAAAGCCGACGCCAAGAAGUCGGUCAUGGACCUUGUCCUGGAGAACAGCGACGACCUGCGUCACACCGUCGCCGCGAUCGAGAAGCAGUUCGGCGAGGGCGCCAUCAUGCCCCUCGGCGCCGAUUCGGACCGCCGGAUCAACGGCAUCUCGACGCAGAGCCUGUCGCUGGACAUGGCCCUCGGCGGCCAAGGCAUCCCCGAAGGCCGGAUCAUCGAGGUUUUCGGCCCCGAAUCGAGCGGCAAGACGACCCUCGCCCUGCACGUGCACGCCCUCGACCCCAGCUGGGCGAAGAAGCUCGGCGUGGACCUCGAGACGCUGUUGGUCAGCCAGCCGAGCCACGGCGAAGAGGCGAUGCACAUCACCGAGAUGCUCGUGAAGAGCAACGCGGUCGAUGUGAUCGUCAUCGACUCGGUCGCGGCCCUGGUGCCCAAGAAGGAACUCGACGGCGAGAUCGGGGACUCGCACGUCGGCCUCCAGGCCCGGCUCAUGAGCCAGUCGAUGCGGAAGCUCACCGGCGCCAUCUCCAAGAGCAAGUGCGCG